AUGGAUAUAUAUACAUCUUUAUCUUCUAUAUCAACUUCAUUUUUUUUUCCAAUUAUCUUCGUGAGAAAGUUAGAUAAUUAUUUGUUAAAUGGAAAUCAUAUUACUAUAUUUGCACCUACAAACGAUGUUAUAAAUCGUCAAUUACAAUAUCAUGAAAGACAAUAUUCAAUUGGAGAAUGUGGUGGUGGUUUAGAUGAUUUGGAUCUAUUUGUUAAACAUCACUUAAAUGAUGAAGUUUUAUGCUCGAAAAAUUUGGCGUUGGAAAUACAAAUGGGCGAACCAAUCAAAGUUGAGAAAGAUAAACUUGGUAACAUACGUGUGUGCCGAUGGAAAUGCCCCUUAAAAGUUAUUCAUGUCAUUAAUAAUAUCGCAAUACCAAAUGCGCUUCAUUUUACAAAACAUAAAUACCUUUGCACGCCAUAUACAAUAUUGGCACCAAAAGAUGAAUAUUUUGACGAUAAUUUAAUUAGCAUAGGGAAAGUUACUUUAAUAUAUCAUGUUUUGGAAGGGAAAUAUGUAACUUCAGAUUUAUUCAAUAAUAUGCAUAUCAAGACUGAAUUAAGAACCAAAGAUUUAAAAAUCAUAGACAAAGAGCUACUGUUUCCAUAUUACAAAAAUGUAGAUCUACCAGUCGAAAUCGGAAAUGCAAUCAUUUACGUAUUAACAGGAGAAUUGAACCCACCACCACCUAUUAUGAGAACCCUUGGAAGUGAUGAACAAUAUAAAUCAAUUAAUUUCUUUGUUAAUCACGGUAAUUUGAUAUCGAAAGUUAGAUCAACUAAAGGAUUUACAAUGAUUGCACCAAAAAAGCUUUCAUGA